CCUGCUACAACAACUACAACUUCAGCUCCUACGACAACCACAACAACAGCACCUACAACAACUGCAGCUCCUACAACAACUUUAGCAUCUACGACAACCAUUGCAGCCCUAACUACAACAACUGCUGCUCCUACGACCACUGCAACUCCACAACCUACUACGACAACCAGUGCAGCUCCUACUACAACAACUGCUGUUCUUACGACCACAGUGACUGCAGCACCUUCUACAUCAACUACAACUUCAGCUCCUACGACAACCAUAACAACGGCACCUACUACAACUCCUGCAGUUCCUACAACUGUAGCUACCACGACCACUCCACCUGCUGUACUUACUACAACAAUCACAACUACAGCUCCUGAUACAACAUCUGUAGCUCCUACGUCAACCACAGCAGCUGCCUCUACGACAACCAUAGAAGCUCUAACUACAACCACUGCUGGUCCAACGACCACUACAACUCCAGUACCUAUUACGACAACCACUGCAGCUCCUGCUACAACAACUACAACUUCAGCUCCUACGACAACCACAACAACAGCACCUACAACAACUGCAGCUCCUACAACAACUUUAGCAUCUACGACAACCAUUGCAGCCCUAACUACAACAACUGCUGCUCCUACGACCACUGCAACUCCACAACCUACUACGACAACCAGUGCAGCUCCUACUACAACAACUGCUGUUCUUACGACCACAUGCAGCUCCUACUACAACAACAACUGCUGUUCUUACGACCACAGUGACUGCAGCACCUUCUACAUCAACUACAACUUCAGGUCCUACGACAACCAUAACAACGGCACCUACUACAACUCCUGCAGUUCCUACAACUGCAGCUACCACGACCACUCCACCUGCUGUACUUACUACAACAAUCACAACUACAGCUCCUACGUCAACCACAGCAGCUGCCUCUACGACAACCAUAGAAGCUCUAACUACAACCACUGCUGUUCCAACGACCAGUACAACUCCAGAACCUAUUACGACAACCACUGCAGCUCCUGCUACAACAACUACAACUUCAGCUCCUACGACAACCACAACUACAGCUCCUGCUACAACAAUUGUAGCUUCUACGUCAACCUCAGCAGCUCCCUCUACGACAACCACUGCAGCUCCUGCUACAACUACUACAACACCUACAACAACUGUAGCUCCCACGACAACAGCAGCUCCUACAACAACUUUAGCAUCUACGACAACCACAGAAGCUGCCCCUACGACAGCCGCUGCAGCCCUAACGACAACAGCUUCUGCUCCUACGACCACUACAACUCCAGAACCUACUACGACAACCAGUGCAGCUCCUAUUACAACAACUCCUGUUCUAACUACCACAACGACUGCAGCACCUUCUACAACAACUACAACUUCUGCUCUUACGACAACCACAACAACAGCACCUACUACAACUCCUGCAGUUCCUACAACUGUAGCUACCACGACCCCUCCACCUGCUGUACUUACUACAACAACCACAACUACAGCUCCUGCUACAACAAUUGUAGCUUCUACGUCAACCUCAGCAGCUCCCUCUACGACAACCACUGCAGCUCCUGCUACAACUACUAUGACUGCAGCACCUUCUACAACAACUUCAACUUCUGCUCUUACGACAACCACAACAUCAACACCUACUACAACACCUGCAGUUCCAACAACUGUAGCUCCCACGACCACUACACCUGCUGUACUUACUACAACAACCACAACUACAGCUCCUGCUACAACAAUUGUAGCUUCCACGUCAACCUCAGCAGCUGCCUCUACGACAACCACAGCAGCUCUAACUACAACAACUGUUGCUCCAAUGACCACUACAACUCCAGAACCUAUUGCAACAACCACUGCAGCUCCUGCAAUAACAACUGCUAUUCUUACAACAAUUGCGACUGCAACACCUUCUACAACAACUACAACUUCAGCCCCUACGACAACCACAACAUCUACAACAACUGUAGCACCCACGACAACUGCAGAUCCUACAACAACAUUAGCAUCUACUUCAACCACAGAAGCUGCCCCUACGACAGCCAAUGCAGCCCUAAUUACACUAACUGCUGCUCCUACGACCACUAUAACUCCAGAACCUACUACAACAGAACCUACUCCUACAACUACUAG